AUGAAGAGUGAACUUCAGGUGAAGGACGAGCGGAAGGCGCAGGAAGUGUUCGACCUGGCCGACUACGAGCGCUCUGAGGAGCUCCGCAAGGCCAAGAGCCGCAGCAAGAAGAACCACAGCCGCUUCACCGUGCUGCGCUGCCGGCAGCCCGGCAACACCGUCCCUAACCUGGUGUUUCUGGCGGUGAGUCCUGAGGAAAAGGAAUCAUGGGUAAAUGCGCUGAACCUGGCCAUCGUCAGAGCCAAGAACCGGAUCCUGGACGAGGUGACCAUUGAGGAGGACAGUGUGUUGGUCCAUCCCACCAGAGACAGGGCUAAGAUCCCUCACGGCCGCCGCCUGCCGACCAGAGGACACCUGAUGGCCGUGGCGUCCACCUCCGCUCACGGCGUGCUGACCCUUGACCUGGUGGCCGAGGAGGACGGCGCCCUCUUCUCACCCGACCCGCACCGGGAUUCCUGGGAGAACAGCUUCCGGGUCGACCUGCAGGGGGCGGGGUCGGGGGCGGGGCCGCGGGAGGUCGGAGGUCGCCAGCGGGCCGGCACCGACGUGUCCAAGCUGCGGGCGAGCAGCCGGGAGCCCCGGGUGAAGACGGGGAGCCUGCCCAGAGCGAGCGAGCGCUGCUGGGCCAAAGGCAGCCAGCAGGAGGCGCCGCAGGGCCAGGUGACCUCAGCUACUGCAGUCCUGCAGCCUCAGUCUCAGACGCCGCAGCCGGGCAAGCGGCUCAGCGCUCAGGGCCGCAGCCGCUGCGCCUCCAUGGACGAGGUGCUCUCCUCCAGGCCGGCGAUGAUCCGCUCGGAGUUCCGCUCGGCGCUGCGGCGCUGUCCGACGGAGGAGGCGGCGGUGCAGCCGGUGGGCCAGCUGCAGAGCCUCAUCGCCCAGAAGAUGCAGAGAGCGCAGGAGCUGCUGGAGGAGAUGAGGCUGCAGGAGCUGCAGAAGGCCCGGGCCGAGCGGGCCGAGCGGGGCGAGCGGGGCGAGCGGGCCGAGCGGGGCGGCGACUCGCCCUACCUGAGGGGGAUCGACUCCCCUCGCCUUCACCAGCUCCGCGGCUCCGACUCGCCGCACUCCAGCAGGUCGUCCGGAUCUCCGAGGAGCAGGAGCAGCGACUCCCCUCGCCUCCGGGGGAAAGACUCUCCUCGACUGAGAGGAGGUCGAGAGUCUCCUCGCUCCAAAGCCAGGAAGAAUCGCUCCAAAGGCGGCGACUCGCCUCGCUCCAGAGGAUCCCAGUCUCCCGCCGCCAAACCAAACGACUCGCCCCGCCUGAAGGAUUCCCCCCGAGGGAAAGGCUCCGAGCCGGUCCGCUUCAAGGAGGCCGCCUCGCCCAAACUGAGGGGCCCGUCCGGCUCUCCUCGAUCCAACAAGGAGCUGGACUCUCCCGUCCGGAAGGCGCCCGACUCGCCUCCGUGCGUCAGAGGAGUCGACUCGCCGCACGGCAGCGAAACGGACUCGCCCCGGCUGAGGAGCAGCAGGGAGUCGCCCGGCGGGAGUCACAAGAACUCGCCCAGCCUGUCCAGAUCCUUCGACUCCCCCCAGCCGGGCCCCGGCAAAACCCUCGACGACCGCCUCCUCACCCCGCCCCUCUCCCCCCCCUCCCUGCUGUCCGAGGAGGAGUCGGAGGUGGAGAGGAGGCGCGCCGAGGCCGAGCGCCUGCUGGAGGAGGCCGUGUCGUCGUGGAAGGAGGCGCAGGAGGUCCUGCAGGAGGUGAAGGAGCUGCAGAGCCAGACGCUGAGGAGGCAGCGCAGGAGGACCUACGAGAAGAUGACGCCGGCGGCAACCAGCGGGUCGCCCACGGCAACGGCAGCGGCCUCAGCGGAGGAGGAGGACACGCCCGCCUCGCCGACAUCACCUGAGGAGGACGACGAGUCAGAAACACCUUGAUGACGAGGAUUUUUUUAAACGAUUUUUAUUGAAUUAUUGAAUUUUCUCAAUAAAAGUAGCAGCUUUUUUCAGUGAGCUUUGAAAAGAGACGGCUCGUGCACAAAGAGCACCGAGCGAGCGGGAUUCAUGAUUUUAAAAGAGAUUCUUGAUUCUACAACAUCGGAUUAACACUCAGAUAUUCUCUGAGGUUAAAGCGGCAAAUUUACGCGAGAAAACUCACA